CAUGUCAAUUCAAAACAGUAAUCACGACGAAUCCAUAGCCCCAAAUUAUUUAUAUCAGCCGCGCGCCACUCAUUAACCAUUGAUCCGAUAUGAAGCCCAACAUGACCGAUAGAAAGGGUCCAAAACCCGAACCUCGGCAUAGGCGAUAGCAAAACAACCGACCGACCAAUGACAUUACAAUACUUCCCCUCCGCGUAUAAAAGGGCGGGGGCAGCAAGUCGUUCCAGACCCCGAACUCCAUCUCAAUUAACCAUAACAAGUUCCCAAGGCGUGCUUGAACGCUACCCAAAUUAAACACCAUGGCUGCACCCCGGAUAACAUUAUAUUUGGAUAUUGUUAGCCCAUUCGGGUAUAUCGCAUUCCAUGUAUUAAGAAACUCCCCUGUCUUCGCCAAGUGCAAUGUCACCUAUGUCCCCAUCUUCCUGGGAGGAUUGAUGAAUGCCUGCGGAAAUACGCCUCCAGUGAAGAUUAAGAACAAGGAUGUCUGGAUCGGAAAGGAACAGCUCCGUUGGGCGCGUUACUUCUCCGUUCCCAUGAUCGAGAGCACCCCGGAAGGCUUCCCGCCAUUGACUUUGGCGACGGAACGCGCGCUCUGUGCCGUCUCGGUGAAGUCGCCGGGGAAACUUAUCCCGACUAUCGAGGCCCUCUAUCAUUCGUUCUGGGUGCAGGGGAACGCUAAGAUCGGACAGGUCGAAGGGUUUACUCCGGUGCUGGAGAGUGUCCUGGGGAAGGAUGGGACUCAGGAAAUUCUGCAAGCUAUGAACCACGCAGAGGUCAAGGAGCGGUUGAAGGCGAACACAGAUCAGGCUUUUAAAUCCGGUGCUUUUGGCAUUCCUUGGUUUGAGUGCACCAAUACCAAGGGCGAGACGGAGGGUUUCUGGGGAAUCGAUCAUCUCGGCCAAGCGGCAGACUUUUUGGGUCUAGAUCGCAGUUCGGACAGGGGAUUCAAAGCGGUUUUGUAGAGUCGCGUGGAAUUGUGGGAGUUCAGGGAGCAUAUAUUAUCCACAUGGGUGCACAUUUUACUUCAUAUUUGGUUGUUUCUCUUUCAAUGCGGUUCUUUUGUAAGAUUGACGUUACUCAUAAAGUUGACACAUAAGCC